ACAUUAGCCUCUUCCCCCCAAACAAACAAAGCUCGGAGCCUAACAGCUUCAAUGGACUCAACUCUUUUCCUUGUCGUCACUCUCCUCCUUUCAUUCUCCUCCAUCUUCGUCAUCCCUCUGUUAUUUGGCUCGAACCCGAAUAAGAAACGUUGCAACGUGCCGGAAGUGGCCGGAGCAUGGCCACUGAUCGGUCACUUGCCGAUAUACAACACUCGUCAACUCACUCACGUCACGUUAGGAGCACUGGCUGACGCCUACGGACCCAUCUUCGCCACCAAGCUCGGGUCCCUAAGGCUAUUGAUCAUAAGCGGCCACGACAUAGCCCGAGAAUGUUACACCGUCCACGACAAAUCCCCCACCAGGCCUCCUCUCAUGGCCUCGAAGCUCGUGGGGUACGACCACUCGUUCUUGACGUUCUGUCCUUACGGUCCUUACUGGCGCGAGCUUCGUAAGCUCACCAUUACCGAGCUUCUGUCCACUUAUCGUCUCGACAUGCUGGAGAGGAGCAGAGUUGUGGAGGCCGAUAUCGCGUUCGGGGAUAUAUACCGGAGGUGGGAGGGAAAUAACAAAGUUGUCGUGGAUAUGAGCCGAGAGUUUCAUGACCUCACCGCGAAUAUUUCGCUGAUGAUGCUUUCGGGAAAGCGAUAUUUCGGGGAAAGUCAUACGGUGGAGGAACGAGAGGCAAAGAAAUGUCGGAAACUGGUGCGUGACUUUAGGGACUACUUCGGGCUCUACCUGUUUUCGGAUUUCUUGCCUGGUUUAGGAUGGUUAUUGGAUUGGCCGAUCAAACGGGCCAUGAAGAGAACGGCUAAGGAUUUCGAUGAGAUCAUCGAAUCUUGGGUAGCAGAGCACAGGAUGAAGAAGAAAGAUCGAGACGAAGACAAAGAUUACUUGGACCUACUGAUCGAGUUCAUCGAACGAAGCAAGAUUCCGGGUUUAGACGCUCAUAAAACCAUCAAGGCUCUCUGCCUCGAACUGGUGUUUGCAACGAGCGAAACAGCGACAGUGAUUCUCGUCUGGGCGGUUGCAUUGCUUCUCAACAAUCCACGCACGUUGAAGAAAGCUCGGGAAGAACUAGACAGCGUGGUCGGUGGAAAGACAAGGCUUGUGCAAGAAUCAGACAUCAAAGACCUCGUUUACAUCCAAGCCAUCGUCAAGGAGACGUUCCGUUUAUACCCACCGGUUCCUUUCCUCUCGUUGAGGACUGUCCAGGAAGAUUUCGAGAUCGCCAGUGGCAAUUAUCACGUUCCCGUAGGUACUCGGCUACUGGUAAACGCGUGGAAGAUACAGCGUGACCCGAGCCUUUGGCCCGAUCCAGAUAGGUUCGAGCCAGAGAGGUUUCUUGCCGGUCAAGGCAAGGACGUGGGACUCGGAGGACAAAGCUUCAAGCUGUUACCGUUUGGGAUGGGGAAACGGUCGUGUCCCGGAAUCCCUCUGGCACUGAGAAUGCUGCAUUAUCCAUUGGCGAGAUUCUUACACAGCUUCGACUUGGCCACACCAUCGAACCAAGACGUGGACAUGACCGAGACCAACGGUCUGGUUAACAACAAAGCCACUCCUCUCAGUGUCUUGAUCACUCCACGCCUUCAUCCAAGUCUCUACUACCGUGUCGAUCACGUCACCACCACCACCACUUUCUAAAUCAAAAUCAAUUCCAAGUUCGAUCAAAUCUCUUUCCGAGUUAUGUCUGAGUUCAUGUUUGGGCACGAACAUGGUAAAUAAAGUUCAAGAUGGUUCUUGAUGUAUGGUCCCAACGAAGAAUCGCAUGGUUACGAUUUGUUUCUUA